AUUGUUUUGUGAUUGUGUGAGGUCGCAUUUUCUUCUUUGUAUUCGGCGAAAAAUUUACUCUAAAAUUAUGGAAGGUAUUGAAGUUAUCACUCAGGAUUAUGUGAAUGUGCAUAUCACGAAGUCAGACGCCGAAGAUGCGGCCCCCAUUGAGAGGAGGUUCAAGAAGGGAAUCGCUGUGGCCGAGUUUAAGACAAAACUGGAGUUGGUGACUGGAGGCUCAGCGACCACAAUGAAGCUCAAGCUCUACGAUAGCAAGAACAACUUCGUCUGUGACAUUGACAAUGACAACGCUCUUUUGGGCUCCUACCCCAUCGACGAUGGAAUGAGGAUACACGUUAUUGACAAAUUUACUCUUGUCACUGACUUUGCUGGCACAGACAGUGCUGAGAGGUUCCGUCUGUCAGAAGAAGAGUAUGAAAAGAAAGGCGACACACUCCGCUCAUUCCUGCAGCGCAAUCGGCUCGGCAAGUACAAUGAGGAAGAGAUGAACAAACUCAAAGAACAGCAACAGAAGGAAUUGGAGGACGAAGCCAGGUUGGCAGCAGCAGUAGUGGUUGGCGCGCGAUGCGAGGUGCGCGUGCCGCAGCAGCCGCCGCGCCGCGCCGCCGUGCGGUACAACGGGCCGCUGGAGGGAGCCAAGGGGCUGUGGAUCGGCGUGGAGUACGACGAGCCGCGAGGCAAGAACGAUGGCUCUGUCAACGGCAAGCGUUACUUCACGUGCCCGCCCAAAUAUGGCGGCUUCGUCAAGCCCGUGUACGUGACCGUGGGAGACUUCCCAGUCGAAGAGUUCGACCUGGACGACGAGAUCUGAUCACGCUAAUUCACCAACGGCCCCUAAGGACCUUAGAACGAGCACGAUUUUUUGAUAAUAUUGCUCCAAGACUCGAAAUAUUAAGGUAAAGUCUCCUAAUAUUUUCAGUAAGACAUUGUCCUAAAAUAUUGCUCGUUUCUUAGACCUUUGCAGACGGAAUCAUUACCUUAUCACCUAUUAAUCUAUUUUAAAACCUCAAGCAGCUUUGUCUUGAGCACAGACUAAUCAGUCUGUGCAUAAUCAUGCAGCCUCUAUUAUUUUUUAAAAAGAUUCAGCGGUGCAAAACCAUUUUUUACAUAAAAAUAUUUGAAUGCUUUGAGCAGAAAUCAAUAAUUAAAUUAAUCACAAAACUGCUAUGGACAAUCAAAACUAUAGAGUAGAACUCGAUUAGGUUUUGCUUUAACUCUCAUUGAGACUGUGUCUUUUGCAUUUAUGCUUCAGCUGCUGUAUCACACUAAACAUUUUUUAUAGACUUUCAAAGAAAAUAAAUUAUGCAAUUAUAGGAGAUAAAAAUAAAUCUCAGAGUAAUUGUUUUGUAAAUCAUGGAAUAAUAAAUAUAGCGUUAAUAUAUUUGCAGAAAUAAUGCAAUAACCUUUAUUAUAAUAAGCAAGCUUGCUGGCAGGCUGGUGUUUAGUUGGCGUCACACAGUUGAUCCUAAUGUAUGGCUUUAAAAAUUGAGAGCAUUGUGUGAAUGGAGAUGCUGGUAAUUAGUUAAAGAAUAAUUGGACGUUUAUUCUUCAGAAAGAUGGUACAUCUUUAUCUAAGAGGAGAAAAUAGAGUAAUGCACUAAAACUCUAGUGUAAAAAGUAACUAACCAAAUAUUCAAUUAAUAUUUGCCAGCGAGAAAUGAAUAUAUUUGAGAAAUAAUAAGUCAAGGAAUGUAAGAUAUUGUGGAAGAAUGGAAGUAUUUAUGUAUUUUAGACAUUGUUUGUCAUGAUAAUGGAAAUGUAUGUGUAUAAAAACUUAUCAUGUCGAAAUAUUUUUUGUACUUUUCUAUUCACAUCACGAAUUGCGAAGCAAUAUCACGAAAAAAUCAAGCAUUAUAAUAACAUGUUUUAAAACACAAACAGCACAUUCCACACGUGACUGAUAUGUAUUGUAAAAUACUCAUUUUGUGACAAGCUUUGUUUGAUUUAGGUUGUAAAAUUCAAUUAUGUCUAAUAAAAUAUUAUUUUUUAAAAACAUUAAAAUUUUAAAAAGCCA